GGCCCCUCCUCGAGCCCCGGCCCAGUCCCGCGGCCUGCGGUCCCCCGCGCAAGGCUCGGCGUGAAGGUCUCAAACAGCGUCUCCGGGGACAUGGGGUCGCUGGUCUGGACGCUGGCGGCCGGCGUGCUGCUGGCGCUGACGCUGUCGCCGGGCUGGGUGGGCGCCCCGAGGAGCAGCCGGCGGCCGGCGCGGGGCUGCGCGGACCGACCCGAGGAGCUCCUGGAGCAGCUGUAUGGGCGGCUGGCGGCCGGCGUGCUCGGCGCCUUCCAGCACACGCUGCAACCGGGCCCGCGCGAGCAGGCGCGCAACACAAGCUGCCCGGGGGGCCGGCCCGACCGCCGCUUCCGGCCGCCCACCCCGCUGCGCAGCGUGUCACCCUGGGCCUACAGGCUGUCCUACGACCCCACCCGCUACCCUCGGCUCCUGCCGGAGGCCUACUGCUUGUGCCGCGGCUGCCUGACCGGGCCGCGCGGGGAGGAGGACCUGAGCCUUCGCAGUGCGCCCGUGCUGCUGCCCACCGUGGUGCUGCGCCGCACUGCGGGAUGCGCUGGUGGCCGUUCCAUCUACACCGAGGAAUAUGUGGCGGUGCCUGUGGGCUGCACCUGCGUCCCCGCGCCCGACCGCGACGCGCCAGCCGCCUCCGGAGGGGACCGUGACGGAAAAGACCGGACCCGGCACCCAGGCCAUCAAGAACGGGACAGGGACCUGCGCAGGCCUGUCCGCCCAGAAACGGGACAGUGACCCGGGCAGGCCGAGCUCGCCGGCGUCCCGCUUCUUCUAGGUGGAAGUCAGUGCACAGCAGAUGGAACUGACAGGGGUUGGCCUAGUGCAGGGAAACCGAGGCUGGGACAGGACAGGUCACAGACCACCUCUGAGGCUGCAGAUCCCGCCCCAGGGCCCAGCUUCUAUGUGCAGGGGACACCGGGCUAGGGCAAGCAGGAGGCCACAGCCUCCAUACAUAGGUAGGUGGUAGCCGCUUUUCAAGACAUCUUUUUAUAAAAAGAAUAUAUACCUACUUGUUUUCUAUAGGGGCAGAAACUAUUCUUAUAUUAGCAAUUUUGAAUAUGAAUAUAGAUUUUUUUUUUACCUGACACAGAAACGUUUUAUAAACCUUAUUUUUAUUUCUUCUGCUAGGUUUCAGAAGCACAGUUGAAAUCCUCAGAUAAACUCUUUUGGGUGGGUACCUGAGUCUCUGAAGCCAGCCUGUCUCCAACUGCCAGCAUAACCAGGUGGACAGGGCUGAACCUGACAUGCCCGUCUAUCUGGUGACAAUCUCCAGAGGCUGCUAGAGGAAUAAAAGGGAAGUGUAAUAGGCUCUGGUCACCCCACAGACACCCCAGAAAUCCUAAACUUGGGUUUAUUCAUGAGUGUAUCCAGAGCUGGUUUACUCAGGACAUUUCUUUUCACUUUUCAAAAUCAGUGGGGCCAAUUUGUGGGAAAGAGGCGGUGAGAUAAGGCAACAUGUGGAAGGAGACAUCUUUGCUGGCUCUCAAAAGGAACCUAACUCUUGGCUGUUUUAAGGGCUUCUGGAACUAGCAACAUAGGAGGGGUAAGUGGGCCAAAUUAACAAUUUCUAAAACAUGGUAUUGAGACUCCUUGUCUACAUAUUGCAAUGUGAGCCAAAUCCUUACUCUUAAGUUGGAAGUCUGUCUCUGAACACAAUGAUUUGUAAAAGUGACAAGUUCUUUUUAAAUCAUUAAAACAAGUGU